GAAAGAGGAGGAUCUUCCACAUAAUCACUUGAUCGACCUCCUUAUUUCGCAUUUUUGUUAUUCGUAUAGGCCUGCCUACCAUGAUUGAUUCUUUUUUGUUACUUGCAUAUUGGUGAUAAUUUACAAUCGAUAAUUUAAAAUUCUGUUACAAUAAAAUUGUUUGUUUGAACCGAGAAAGACAGCUAAAUACCCCCCCCCCCCCCUAAUCCCUAUAGUCAUGGCUCCUAAUAUAUAGUGCAUGGUUACACCACUGACCGGAAGUCUGAGUCAUCGAACCUGGACACAGGCCAACCCGGGGUAGUAGGCCUAUCUGGUAAAUCUACACCAAAAUCACAGUGUCGGCAAAUCAACAUGCGAUGAAAAAACAACAAACUUUGCAACGCUUUGUAACUUGUAUGGAAGAGUAAAAUGGGAAAUUGUAAUAAAAAGUCACUGGACUUUGUACUUCAAAUAAGUGUAAAAGUUUUGAUAAACAUAUACUUAUCAUAGGCACACUGAAACUAUCACGAGCACAGUUUGUAGGGUUGAAGUCUGCAGACCUUUCUUUCGAUUCAGCACCAGCAAGAACUCAAGAUGCCCAAAUCAAAAGGUCUAAUGGAGCGGAUCAGGGAUGGGGAGACUGUCAUUUGUGCGGAGGGGUAUAUUUUUGCUUUUGAGCGUCUGGGAUACUUGAAAGCCGGGCCGUUUACCCCUGAAGUCGUAGUGGAUCAUCCCGAGCUGGUACGUCAGAUGUACAAAGAUUUUGUGCGCGCUGGCAGUGAUGUGGUUCAAGCAUUUACGUAUUAUGGUCAUCGUAACAAGUUUAAACUGGUUGGACGAGAAGAUGAGCUUGAGAAGCAGAAUCGUCUUGCCCUCAAGAUGGCCCGAGAAGUAGCUGAUGAGACUGGGACCUUGAUGUGUGGUGAUCUUAGUAAUACUUGGGUUUACGAACCUGGCAACGAGGAGGCAAUCACUGAGACUAAAGCCAUCUUCAAGGAACAAAUCGAGUGGGCGGUAGACGAAGGGGCCGAUUACAUCGUGGCAGAGACCAUAGGUCAUCUAGGGGAGGCUAUACUCGCAACUGAGGCUAUCAAGCAAUAUGGAAAAGGUGUUCCUGCUGUGAUAACCUUAGCAUCACAUUACAACCAGCUUCGAGAAGAUGGUAAACGGACUACAGCUGAUGAUGUAGAGAUCACUGAAGCUCUUCGUAAGCUGGUAGCCGCUGGAGCCGAUGUAGUAGGAUUCAACUGUACUUGUGGACCUGUCUCUAUAAUGCCUCUCCUUGAGAGCUCCGUAGAGGCUAAUGUUGGGGCUCCUUUGGCUGCCAUACCAGUGCCAUACAGAACAACCCUCAAGGAGCCGACCUUUACAACCAUUCUCGAUCCAUGGACAGGCAAAAGAGCAUUCCCUGAUAACCUUGACUGUCUCUUGUGCUCUCGUGAAGACGUCGUCAAGUUCACCCAGCAAUGUGUCAGACUCAAAAUACCAUACAUAGGACUGUGCUGUGGCAAUGCUCCUCACUAUACCAGGACUAUGGCCGAAACUCUGGGGAGGGUCACCGAGGCGUCCAAGUUUUCACCAGACAUGUCCAUACAUGGGAUCUACGGUACAGAUGACAGCAAGGUCAAUACAUACUAUACCAAAGAGCUACCAAAGACCACAGUUAAACAAGAAUAGAAGACGGAAUUAUAUAUGGUGACGUAAGGGAUGAGAAAACGAUUGUAAACGUUAACAGUCCCAACAUAUCGACGAUAUAUCCAUAACACAUGAUCUUUUUCAAUCGAGAAAACACGUGAUUGGUCAAUGAGUUUGCCUCGAUUUGGGAUCUUUGGCAUUCUUCUUUUUUGGGGGGAAAAAUAAUUAGGUAUAGCUCCGUCGAAAAUUUCCUUAAAGGUACUAUGUCCCUUUUGCAGCCAACCUCAAAUGCUGUAGAACUUUGCAGGCAUUAUGAA